AUGGAUCUGAUCUCGCGCUUGCGACGAAGCUCAUCGCGCCAGAAUGUCGCCUCAAGCUCAGCAGACCCUUUGCAGCCUCUCAAAUCCAACUGGGAAUCCUUACGAAGCACUCUGCAACAGCCUGAUCAAGCCGUCCUUCAUCAUGGCGUCUCGAGGUCGGAUAUACCAAAGAGGAUGCGUAGACUGGCCGAUGAUCUGGUCACUCAGGGCGAUACGGGAGAAGGGGAGAGUGCAGAAGGUUUAGCCUGGGCGCUCGAUGAAGAUGGUGAGUGUGGGGCGUUGCUCGUUCGAUCCAAGCUGGAUCAGCUGUCGAUCCGUGCGUGAGAUUGUGUGUGGCUCAUCCAUCUUGUGACAUCUCGACCCUUCAAACAGUCUUUGCGACGCUGCUCAGACUUACAUCUUCCGACAAGCCUCCUGGUGUCCUGGUUCACGUAAUUGAGCUCUUUUCUCGGCUCACUGUGGAGCUUCCGGCACCUUUCUUGGCUUCGCCUGGUGUUCAUGGACCUUUAGCUCGACUACUGCGUGUAUGCACCGGCGAUGCCGAACGAAAAGCCGCGCUCGGUGGCUCGGACAGCGAUGAGACCUUCUCUGUGGACAGUCUGGAAGAAGAGGAGAACGAGGAUGCAGAUGUGUCAGUAGCGGUCAGACCAGGAAGCGCCGAAGAACAUGCUUUGGUAGAGCUGCUAUGCCGCAUUGCUAGCAGACUGCGGAACACGCCGGAGCUUUUGCCUGUCUUCUUCAGAGAGGCUCACACAAAGAUACAUGCCAGCAGCAGCGAUGCAUCUGAAGUUCAAGCUGAUGAUGCUGGCGCGCGACCCGCUAGCCCAGCCGGCAGCUCCGCCUCAACCGCUACUGUUCGAGCUGGGCCCACAGAGCCUCUGUCUGACGCGGCAGAUUCAAGCGCAGAACGUACAAAUCCAACGACUGAAGAAGGACGUAGAUCGAGCACUCCCCCAAAAGCAAAGGCUGUGUACGACUUUGCCUUGCUCACGCACCUCCUUCGCUUCGCACAUCGAGAGUCCAAGACCGGAGAGCUCGCACGCUCCGGAUUGUAUUUCUUGUUUACGCGAGCAUUUGCUCCAACCCACAAUCUUCGAAGAGGCAGGAGAGGAACAACCACGUCAGCGACCGGGAGGGAUCCUCGUCACGAAGGCGAAGAUACGAUCCUCCUCGAGGCUGAAAGGACUACAAGUAGAGCGCUGGCCAAUCAUCUCGUCGAAAGUGACUUUGCUGACGUGCUAGGCGCCGGCUUGGGCGCGGUGUACGGGCUGCUACCACCUAGAAUCCUCAUCAAACGUCAACGAGCCGCGGGUCAGCCAGGCAAGGGCCCUAGUAUGCUCGGCGGCGGAAUGAGCCUAGGAGAUGGCGUUCUACACGAUGAGACUACCUUGGGGGAGGAAGACGAUCUGGGUCUCGUCGACUCGUCAGCUCCAGAAGUUCAGACGCAACUGCGUGUACUGGUAGACUUGACUGAGUUCAUUCAACUUGUCAUGCGUACUGCUCAGACAGCAGCUUCCUCAUCCAUCUCUGAUCCGGAAUUGGCGAGCGCUGCAGCUGCCUUGACGUCCAGACUAGCAGAGUCUAUUCGGAAAAGCUUUCUCAGAAACAUCCUAAAUCCUAGCUUGUUGGAAUGCUCGGACGCGGACAACAGCUCCGUUGCGGUCAUGUGCUAUCUCGACGUGCUGCUGCAAGCCAUAGAUGAUGAAAGUCCGCUCGCGGAUGUCGUCGUGGGAUGGCUUGUUGGCGAUGAGCUGGACACAGACGAUACCAACCAGCAGGCAGGGGUGUCGACGUCUCGACGCGGCUCCCAACAAGAGACAAUCUCGCUCUCACCAGACACGGCCAAGAAACGCAAGCAUGCCCGAAGGAGAAGUGUAGCGCUGCAUGAGAUUCAACAACAGCAUGGCGCGCGAGAGGCGAAGCACUUUACAGGAGAAGGACGAUACGAUCUGAGAGAUUUGAUACUGGAUCAUAUAGGCCAAGGCAAAGGGGCGGCAACAACGACUGCGGCGCUUAGACUCGCUUCUACUCUUCUCGGCAAACAUGGUCGCUUCGCCAUCGAAGGAUUCCUGACUGCCCGGCCCGACGAACAAGCCACAGCUUUUCCGUUCCCGUUCAUCCCGAAUGAGCCCGACGCUCCCGAGUCUGGCACUCCGGACGAAGAUGGCGAUGAGCAAUUCGUCUACCCAGGAGCGCUCCCCACCGAUGAGAACGCGGGUGUUCGCGGACAAAUUUCAGUACCAGGCCUGACCCUUGCGCAGCACGUCCAAGAGAUCGACAUUCUGUUUUCCCUCGUCUCCUCUAUAGAGCAGGGGAAUUCCAAGGCACCGAAGAGUGGCGAUAGUCUAUGGAAUGCGGGCUAUGAGCACUACCUGCGCGAUGCCGAAGACGCUCUGUUUCGGCAAAGCACGUAUCAAGAUGGAAUGCGGCUGUUAGAAAGCGGAUCCGAGGAUCCGGUAGUCACUCCGCCGUCUCAACGGCUUCGGCGGAGCAGCAGCCAGCGAUCCCUCGGACGUUCUCCUUCGAGUCGCCGUCUGCAUAUUGCCGGCCUUGCGAGCGGAGGCACGAGCACCUGUGCGCCCUUUCCCCACAAGCUCGAAGCUCGCGAUAGAGUCCUGACCUCUCUGUUGCGCUCUCUGCAGAGGUUCUUCGCACACUCGCCAGAGGAGAACGUUGCAUUGACAGGCGUGCUUUCCGCACUUGCCCUCUGCCCAUACCGAAGUCUCGAAGGCUGGCUUGUCUUUGAUCGCGCAGCGGCGGUCAGUGGCGGGCAUGCGGUUCCCAAGACCAGAGGCUCUGCCGAUUCCACUGCCCUUGAAGUAGAUGGAGAUGACUCCUCGGACGAGGAAGAAGAAGACGAAACCGCCGGCGUCGCUUCCUUCUGGGGCCUCGAGCCAGACUGGAAGCAAAAGCGCAAUGGACUCAGCUCAAGUGCUGGUGCGCCAGCUAGAGUGACCGUACCCAUCGUCGUAGGCAUUCUUCGAUCCCUCGCAUCUCAAAUUUGGCGCUAUCGUGCCGAGGUGCCAGGCUUUGAUCGGCUUCUGGACGAACGUCGAAGGGGACUGACAUUUGUAGAGAACCUGAACGACGCACUAGGACUGGAGAGCAUCGCGAGCGAACUUGUCGAUGAAAAAUUCUCACCUGCACCACCUACCCUCAGUGCUCCCGGAACGAUUGAAUCGAAACGACUGCAGGCUCUUUGGGAUCAUCUAGGCGUCCAGCUCGAAAUCGAAGAGCAGCAAGAGUCUGUGGCCUUGCCACUUCCUCCAAGCGCUACUGCGUCUGAUGGGUUUCCAGAGGAAGUCGCUGGCCCCCUGGCUCACCGUAGCGGGAAGCCAAAAGAAGCAGAGCCAAGCGUCCAGUCUGAUGGUGACGUUGGAGCAGCAGAGGGUGCAAAGAAGGAAAGCAGCUUCGCUCGUUGGUUUGGACGUAGAGCGUCGAAAGCCAGCAGCGCUACGACAAAGAGUGUGGUGGACAUUCCUACCCAAAAUGUGGUGGCCGCGCCUCCCGUGCAGCCCUUCGCACAACACUACGCACACACGACUGCGGUGCGUGUAUCGGCGAGGCUGUCGCGCAUCCCAGCUGCGGGGGAGUGGUCCGAUUCAGUUCGAGCUGCAGAAGAGGCAGAGCGACAGAGACAGCAAAUGAUAGACUUGCUCAAUGCGCCUGCCAAGCCCACCAAGCGCACUCGAUUCGCGCGCAUACCUAGUCAUGUGGAUGGAGACAGCGAUGCUGAACCCUCCAAUGAUUCCUUGCGGUCGCCCAAGUCCCCUUCAAGUGAAACGGAUGGAUAUUAUCUGCCCGGCGCUGACGACGACGAUGAUCCCAACGCCAUAAAGGCGACGUCACUCAACGUUACGACUAAGCUCGACGGACCUACACUUUCCGAUGUGCUGGACAAUGUUGUAAUCUUGGAAGAGUCGAUCAAGGAGCUCGUGGCGAUCAUACAAGUACGCCGAGGCCUUGGCAUUGAUUCUCUCAACUUUGUUCCAUGA